AUGCCACCAAGGCUCACGGAGAACCUGGAGUCCCCACUGGGCCCUCAGUACACGUCUGUCCAGAGCAGGCCGGCUGGUGACCCUGUCUCUCCACCAGGGAGCAGCUUCAGCCCAGAGGCCUGUAUUGUUGGGGGUACAGUGGCAGCGCCCCGGCAGUGGCCCUGGCAGGUCAGCCUCCGAGACCAGGGCCAGCACGUCUAUGGAGGCAGUCUUAUCGGCCACCGGUGGGUGCUGACCACUGCCCACUGCGUCUCCAGCUUCUUGAAUCUGCAGGACCUGAGCAUCCAGCUGGGAGAGGCUGUGCUGUAUACCAGUCCCCGGGACUCUGUUUCUGUGGCUGCCAUCCGCGUCAUCCAGCACCCCUCCUUCAAUGGGGACACCCUCCAGGGUGGCGACAUGGCUCUGCUGAAGCUGGUGCGCCCCAUGCCCUUCUCCAGCACCAUCAGAACCAUCCCUCUGGCUCCACCGGGCUCUGACUUUCCCACAGGCACCCUCUGCUGGGUGACCAGCUGGGGGGACAUCCGGCAGAAUGUGGCCCUGCCUGAGCCCCACAGGCUGCGGGAGGUAGACGUGCGCAUCGUUGGCCUAGAAAGCUGUCGCAGGCUCUACCCCCCGGAGCCCAUCACCAAGGAGAUGCUCUGUGCUGGCUACGUCCAGGGCCAAAAGGGAUUCUGCGAGUCGUCCGGGGGGCAGGUGCGGGCCGGGCCAGCCCUCAAAGGAGAUGCCUAG